CAGGGCAGCAAAGUAUGUAGGCAAACGAUCAAGCCUUUUUAACGAUCCAUGUGCUGCACUCCACGCGUUCGCCAUGGAGAUCCUCCCCGCAGUUGACAGGUUUCCAUGUGGCACUAGCAACCAAAAGAGGCUAGAAAACAACAACGCAGUUGCGACACGAGUAGCGGCGGGAUGCCCCUGCAUGACAGCCCUCAAAAUGAGGGAGGGAGUGGUCGCGGUGGCUUCUGUUUGGGGAUGACCGAAUCACGCUUGCAAAGGCGACCGCAAUCUGCGUCCCUUUCACUUUCCUGACCACAACACGCCUUGCAGACUGUUUGUUUAUCGAUUUCGCGCUUGUGCGACCGAACCCCCACCACCACAAACAACCGUAUCUAUUAAGCCCGCAACACUACACAACAUUUAGCAGACGACAGAAUUUGCGACGAUCGGUGCCAUGACGCUCAGCGACACAUACAAGCGGUUCCUAGACCGUCCUUCGCAGGGCGAUCUUGCGGAAAAAGUAGCGCUGCACUACAUCACCACCCUAACCAGCAUCAACGACAGUGCCGCGAUCAUCAAGCAUCUGCAGAUUCAGGAGAAGCUGCUGAAGAAGACGAAGCAGCAGGUUGUGAGCGUAGUCGAGGGCAGGCAUGCGCUCAGUGUAGAUGUGGAGACGACGAUUGAGUUCCUGAACGGUGGCGGCGCGUACUUGCCAGGCUUGGACGACAACUUUGUGGCAGACCGCACUGUCACUUUCCCUAUGGUCCACAUUGUGCACUUCGACAGCGCAGACAAGAUCACACAGAUCCGCCAGUACUGGGAUCAGGGCUCGCUGCUCAAGCAAAUCGACGUGAUAGGCGCACGCUCCCGCAACUGGCCUAUUCGCGAGGGCCCAGAGCAGGCGAAGCUGAUCAAGUCAUCCGCUCAAACUGCACAGCCUGACUCGGCGCCGUCUUCACGUCCUUCGACCGCUUCACGAGGCGCAGACGAGGUCUCGAUCCGCUCGCGCGGCUCGACUAGCAACGCCAUGAACGACCCACACGCCUCCCUCUCGCUCUUCGAACGCCGCCAGAUUGAGGAGAAUGAGCUGCCCAGUGCGCACCCGACAGCGCCUCGCGUUCAGUCCGCGAAGCCUCCCCCACGCGAAUACUCUGAGUUGUUUGUUGGCGAGAACACAGGCUCGCCAUCGACUCAGCAGCAGAGGUUCCCAGUGAAGGCAGGCGCCAACAAGCAGUCACAGGUGAACCGAUUGUUUGAUGAGACAGACGAGGACAGGAUUGCUGCUACCACACCGCUCAAGGCCACCAAGACGAAUCCGAAGAAGUUCAACCACUUCGAGUUUGGUGACGGCGAAAGCGAGAAGACACCUCGUGGUCGUGAUGCAUCAAGGAAGGAGGCUCCUCGCGGCAACAGCAAGAGCCAGGCCAAUUGGAAUUUUGAGGACUUCGUUACACCCGAGAAGACAAACCCAAAGAAUGAUCCCCAGGCCGUUCGCAACUUCAGCUGGGAAGACGAUGAGGUCGAGGACUCUCCUGUCCGCGUUGAGCGUGUAAUCAAAGCACGUCCUGGGACUGGCCACCAAUUUGAAUUCGAGGACGACGGCACGCCAACUGCGCGCAAGACACUACCUCCCACCAAGGGUGGUGUAUCGAACAAGGGUCAAGGGCUGUACAAAGAUCAUGUUACCGCCAACGACGAUGAUGAAGGCACCGCUCAUGGCGACAACCGACCACUGAGCGACGUGACCAAGGUCGUCAAGAACAAGAAUCGCUCGAAAGAUUUCGGCGCCCAUUGGGAGAUGAACGACAACACUCCCGUUGGCAAGUCCAGUGAGAACCGCAACCCUGGACAAUCCCACCAGGCUACCAAGUCCAACUUCGGCUUUUAUGACGAGUCACCUCAGCCGGCAUACAAGAUCAACAUCGCUGGUAAUGGCAUGGGCAACCGUGCUGGCACACAGUUUUCGUUGUUUGAUGAUGAGCCGGAGCCAGCUGUUGAUGAUAGAAGCAUUGGCAACCACAAGGGUAUCCAAGCCGCUGGUGACGGUAUGGGCGGACGCAAGGGCGCGGACAAGAGCUUUUGGGACUUCUAAGUGCCGAGACGCUCGCGUAUGUCUUGAUACCAUUCUUGGGGUUUCAAGUUGUAUUUGUUUCUGUACUUUCGAGACGCUUGGAUGUGCUGUCACGAUAUCUGACGCGUUCGGCACAGCAACAUGGUCCAGCUGGCGCAAACAUAGGUAUACCAUGAUGACAUAGUUGCAAUUCAUAACGCAAAUU